AUGGCUCCAGAGAGUCGAGUUCGCCCUCAGAGGAGGAAUGCAUGCAACACUUUCAUAAAAAAUGAAUACAUAUUUCUUAAAAAUAUGGACAUCCCAAGUGGUCUGGUCAUUGUCCCGAGUGCUGGCGUUGGUAUUGUGCUAGGAGGUUAUAUCAUCAAGAAAUUGAAACUUAGUGCCAAGGAAUCAGCAAAAUUAGCCAUGAUCUGCAGCGGGGUGUCUUUGCUGUGUUUUUCCACGCUGUUCAUUGUGGGAUGUGAAAGCAUCAAUCUCGGUGGGAUCAACAUACCUUACACAACCGGUCCCACGCUGACCAUGACACAUCGGAAUCUGACGGGGGGCUGUAAUGUUAACUGCGGCUGCAAAAUUCAUGAAUAUGAGCCCGUCUGCGGAUCAGAUGGAAUUACGUAUUUCAAUCCCUGUCUUGCUGGUUGCAUCAAUGUGGGAAAUCAGAGCAUAGCAGUAAGAAAUUACACUGAGUGUGCCUGUGUGCAGAGCCGCCAGGUGAUCACUCCUCCAACCGUGGGACAACGCAGCCAACUCAGAGUGGUUAUCGUGAAGACAUACUUAAACGAAAAUGGCUAUGCCGUGUCAGGGAAAUGCGAUCGGACCUGCAACACCCUCAUUCCAUUCCUCAUAUUCCUCUUCAUUGUCACGUUGAUCACAGCCUGUGCACAGCCCUCCGCCAUCAUAGUGACACUCAGGUCAGUGGAGGAAGGAGAGAGGCCGUUUGCCUUGGGCAUGCAGUUUGUGUUGCUGCGCACUCUUGCUUACAUUCCUACUCCGAUCUACUUCGGGGCUGUUAUUGACACCACUUGCAUGCUUUGGCAGCAGGAUUGUGGCGUUCAAGGUUCUUGCUGGGAAUACAACGUGACAUCAUUUCGAUUUGUUUAUUUUGGACUGGCAGCUGGCCUUAAAUUCUUAGGAUUCAUUUUUAUAUUUUUGGCUUGGUAUUCCAUUAAACACAAAGAGGAUCCGUUACAAAGAAGGCGGUGGAGAGCCUCCCCAAUAAGCACAGUCAGCGAGAUGGUGGGGAAUGCAGGAGCCGAGCCGAAUUAUGCUCGAACUAGAUCCUGCCCCGCGUUCGGUGCCCGAGAAGAGCACAAUGAAGAUGCUGACAAUGACCGAGGCAUCCAGCAUGAAGCACAAACUUAUCCUGGACCCUUCUUAGAAGCAAUAAACACAUCAUUUGAAAAUUCUCAAGAAGAAACCCCAGCUGACACAUAAAUACAGUGACAUGUAAGGUUGGAUAUAGCGCCUUGUGCAACACGUGCCUUUUUUUAACAAACUAAACACAAACAAAACAUGAGGACGUGUUUAAAUCGUAGCUACAGGGUGAUUGGGGCUGGUUUCCUCAAACAGUUAUUCUAAUGUUCUCCACAACUGGAGAUUUUUUUUUUGUUUCUAAUGGCGUCUCCAACCGGUAUCUCUUUAUCUAAAAUUGGCUAC